CGCGUAAUGCGUGCAGAGAGAGGUGGGGCAUGCGGCGAUGGCAGCUUACGUGCAGGCCGGGGAGACACGGAGAGCGCUGUGAGAGCGGAAUGUGUCGGGGCUCGAGGUUCGGGGGCGUCGGGCGGACAUGAGUAAGGAAACCAGCUUCUUGGCCCUGUGGCUCCAGGCAACCGCUGCUUAUCCUCGUUAUAUCUAUGAGUAACAGCCCAGGCGAUCAGCCCAUGAACCCCCAGCUACCACAAUAGUAACCAUCCGGCGUCCUCUCUGUUUCCUUCAUCUAUCUCAAACCAAUUUACAUAUACUGGUCCCCAAACAACAUAGGGCCGGACAGCAACAGUAGAAGCAUGGCAAUAACUCAGAAAGAAAUACUGUACAGCAGCUGGAUAUUGGUGAAAGGGACAAUCCGAUUUGUGUUUAUGAUCAUCAACAAUUUGGUCGCCAUUCCAUCCUAUGUUUUCUAUUUAUUAGCCCUUCAGCCUCUGAAAUUACUAAACAGUAAACUGUUCUGGCGUAUUGAAGGGAUAAUGUUCAAAUGGCUACUGGCUAUGGUGUCUUCAUGGGGCUGGACAGCAGGGUACACAGUGGUUGAAUGGGGAGAUGAUGUAAAAGCAAUUACCGAAGAUGAAACGGUAGUCUUGGUGAACCAUCAGGCGACAGGUGAUGUCUGCACCCUCAUGAUGUGCUUGCAAGACAAAGGAACGGUAGUUUGCCACAUGAUGUGGCUAAUGGAAUAUAUUUUUAAGUUUACAAACUUUGGUAUCGUUUCAUUCAUCCAUGGGGACUUCUUCAUUAAGCAGGGUAAAGCUCACCGUGACAAACAGCUGAUUCUUCUACGGCAGCACUUAGAAAAGUACUACAGGAGCCGGGGCCGAAAGUGGAUUGUAUUGUUUCCUGAAGGAGGUUUCCUGCGGAAGAGGCGAGAAACCAGCCAACUAUUUGCAAAGAAGAACAACUUGCCAUUUCUGAAACACGUGACUUUGCCUCGACAGGGAGCUACUGAAGUGAUCUUGCAAACCCUGUGUGCACAGCACGAAAAUGGAGCAAUUGGCGAUGUUAGUGGUCCAGUGGUCAAACACAAAGGUCUCCAGUGGGUCAUAGACAUUACCAUUGCAUAUCAUAAAGCAAAGCCAAUGGACAUUCAGACGUGGAUCAUUGGCUACAGAGAACCAACCCUCACACAUGUUCACUACAGGAUCUAUCCUAUUAAAGAUGUUCCUGUAGAGAGUGAGGCACUUACCAGCUGGCUCUAUCAACGAUUUGUAGAGAAAGAGGAACUCCUGGCACACUUUUAUGAAACGGGAGCAUUUCCACCUACCAAAGGUCAGAUGGUGGCGACUUCCAGACCUAUGGUCCUUGACUCGUUCUGGCUCUUCCUAGUACAACUAAUGGGAUUUCUUUCUGGCUACAUGUGGUAUAAUGUUCUGUACUAUUUGUAUCACUGCCUGGGGCUCUAGGAAUUUUGCAAACUAAAACAUUGAAUUAGGAUAUGAACUCCAGUGUUUGUGUCAGUAUCCAUGCGUGAAUACCAAUAUUUCUUGAAUGAUGAUAAAGAAAAGAAGAACGGAUUCAUUUCCUGUCAUGUUCACUGAGAUUUUUAAACUCAAGUCUAAAACGUUUAGUUCAGAUCAUCAAGUCUACAACUUGAUGUUAAGGGUUCUGACGAGUUUACCUGUUCAUUAAGCAUCCACACUGUCUAAUUAUACUGCAUAUCCUCAGACGUCCUCUUUUGGAGGGAUACUGCUGGAGCAUUUCAAUCUAUUGCAGUAAACAUCACAUCUUCCACCAUUGCUUCAGAUGGCAAAAGUUGCCCAGAGAUGAAUCUCAAUGGAAGAAGCCCACAUCUACCUAUUCCGAGUUAAAAUUACACUGAUGAGGAACUUGUCAGAGCUGCCACAGUUUUGUAUGGUGUUGGCAGAGGGAAGUGUUUGUUUCCCUUAGCAGUUAUUCAAUAUUUUGUUUUGUGAUUAAUUAAAAGGCCACUUUUAAAGCAUGGUCUAAAGCAUCUAAAAUUCUAGUGAUUGCAGUUCAUUAAUUGUCAAUAAUAUUUAUAUAGUUACUGGUAAAAUAGUUAUAAAAGCAGAAGUAAUGUUUCAUUCUAGUUAGUACAUACAAUGCAGUACAUCUGAGGAUGGUUUAGUUGAAAUGACCAAAUAUGGUGAUACAGCCAAUCAUGUAGUAUUUUGCACUUGGUAAGAAGUUGCUAGUCAUAGUUAGUAAAGAAUUACAACUGUAAUGUUACAGAAUAGCCAGGCUGUUACAUAAGCACUAAAUAAAUGUUAUGAAAGACUUGACUUAAUGGACUAGAAACAGCAAAAAAAAAGUUUACAAACUAGUUGAAAGUACAGGUCAUUUGAUUAACAUUUACUCCUUUAUUGUACUCAGAUUCUGGCUGCAUCAUUUAUUGUACACAUUCUACUGUUUAUUCAACUUUUGUGGGUACAGUAUCACUGGUGGAUUAUAUGAUAUGAUGCAAAUCGUUUUUAAUUGUGUCCAUCAAUCUGAAGUUUCAGCAGGAUAUUUAUGGCUCUUGAAUUUGUUAUUUGGAAGUUAUGACUUGAUUUUCAAAAGGUGAGACAAAAAGAAGUGUUCAGAUUUGUCUAAUUUAAUUUAAAUUCAGUGUUUAAGUUUCAAUUAAUAGGUUUGUGACCAUGACAUAUAGACAGAUGUUUUGCUGCCUGUCAUUGGAUUCUGCCACCAGUGACAAGUUCCAUUGUUCCAGAGGCAAUUCAGACUAGAAAUGAAGCUCACUUUGGAAAAAGGGAACUGCAUGAGAAUAUACAUGUGUAUUUGAUGUCCGAAGGUAGACACACUGGAUUAGUUAGGACUCUGAGUAUGCUAGCAUGUGUGAUACAUUAAUGUACCCCAUGAGUUAAAAAUAUAAUUAUCUCUGACAUCACAUUGGUGGAAGAAUUGUCAAUUGACACUCUUUUAAGAAUUCCAGUCGAAAUUGAAGGAAAUGUUUAUGUUUAAGUCCCUCUUCUGCCUGUAUUUUUUUUUGUGGGGAGUGGGAGGGGAGGUGGGAGCUAUUGGUGUUCAUAUACAUUUCUGGGAACACGUAUAGUGGACUGUUGAACUGUGGCUUGUUAUAUGUACUCUUUCAUGCCUUAUGUGCCACUGGACAAGAUUGAUACAGUUGGUGUUGAAGGCUGUGGAGUAGUUGAUAUCCCUGUCAACGUUUUACUGGGGAGUUAGACACCAUGGAGGCAACAUUCAAAAUAAAAUACCCUGUUUCAGUAAGCCAGCUGUUUAAAACUACUAUUGGUAACUGAUCAGCAGACAAGCUGUAAAUGAAUAUGAAUGAUUAAGGAAAAUAUUUAACUCAGAAUUCUGAACAAACUGCUUUACUUUGAAACCAGAAGCUCAACAGGAUAGGAAGCCGUUAUGCUAAUUAAGGAUGGUAUAGAAUAGUAUUAAAAAAAGAUAAAUUAUAGAAUAUGCACAGCAGAUGGUGAUAUGUUGACAUCUUUUCAAUGAAAUGCAUCAAAUGAUGUAAUUACUUUUUCCAAUCUUCCCUCUAUUUUCUGUAAGGAGGCAAUUUUCAACUUCAGUUGAGCACUGAUGUAAACUUGUUGGAUCUUGGUUAUAUCUAAAUACCAAGAAAAACAGUAUUGAACUGAAUUCUGUGGUCAGUAUAUUGGCCUUGCUCGUAUACUUUAGUUUCAUUUUUAAUUGUUGUUUCUUCAGCUAGUCUGAAUUUCUUUUAGUUCUA